AUGCCUAAAAAAUCUAUUGAGGAAUGGGAAGAGGAUGCCAUUGAAUCAGUUCCUUAUUUGGCAAGUGAUGAAAAAGGUUCCAAUUAUAAAGAAGCAACACAAAAUCCAUUAACUUCGAAACAAUCUGAAAUUGAAAAUCAUCCAACAGUAAAACCAUGGGUACAUUUUGUUGCAGGUGGUAUUGGAGGUAUGGCAGGUGCAGUUGUGACAUGCCCUUUCGAUCUGGUGAAGACUCGAUUGCAAAGUGACAUAUUUUUGAAAGCGUACAAAUCGCAGGCUGCUAAUAUCAGUAAAGUAUCUACUCGUCCGAAAAGUAUCAAUUAUGUCAUUCAAGCCGGCACCCACUUCAAAGAAACACUAGGAAUUAUUGGCAAUGUGUAUAAACAAGAGGGGUUUAGAAGUUUGUUCAAGGGUUUGGGUCCUAAUCUGGUUGGGGUUAUCCCAGCAAGAAGUAUCAAUUUCUUCACCUAUGGGACUACUAAAGAUAUGUAUGCUAAAGCAUUUAAUAAUGGCGAAGAAACACCGAUGAUUCAUUUAAUGGCUGCUGCAACCGCAGGUUGGGCAACGGCAACGGCGACCAAUCCUAUCUGGUUAAUUAAAACAAGAGUUCAACUUGAUAAGGCGGGAAGAACAUCAGUUCGGCAGUAUAAAAAUUCUUGGGAUUGUCUGAAAAGUGUCAUAAGAAAUGAGGGUUUCACCGGCUUGUACAAAGGUUUAAGUGCCUCCUAUUUAGGUUCUGUUGAAGGUAUACUUCAAUGGCUAUUAUAUGAACAAAUGAAACGUUUGAUAAAGGAAAGAUCUAUUGAAAAGUUUGGAUACCAAGCAGAAGGUGCAAAAAGCAGGUCAGAAAAAGUUAAGGAAUGGUGCCAAAGAUCCGGAAGCGCGGGCCUUGCAAAGUUUGUAGCUAGUAUAGCAACAUAUCCACAUGAAGUUGUCAGGACAAGACUAAGACAAACCCCUAAGGAGAAUGGUAAGCGAAAGUAUACAGGAUUGAUACAGAGUUUUAAAGUUAUAAUUAAAGAAGAGGGCCUCUUUUCAAUGUAUAGCGGACUAACCCCACACUUAAUGAGAACAGUUCCGAAUAGUAUCAUCAUGUUCGGUACAUGGGAGAUUGUUAUAAGGCUACUAUCAUAA